GACACCGCAUCAUUUAACCAGUAAAUCACGUCGAUUAUUCACCUUUUGAUAUGUGGUUUGUAUGGGUGUCGGAGCACCCUUGGCCAACAUCAAACUGCAAAAGCCAUUAAGCCAAGAUUGGAGCUCAGCAAUUUACCUUGAUUCUGCUGGACUCGUCCCCAUUUCCAACUUUGAAACCUCAAAUAGCUAUUUGAAGGGUUCAACAACACAAGAACACAGCUAAUAACAAUGGGAUUCAGAUUCCUCUGCAAGUCCCAUCUAUUCUCCGCACUCUUUUCACGCCGUAAAACUCUCCACUCAACCCUUCUACUUCGAUCUCUUGAUUCUCACUUGCAGAACCCUUAUAAUACUUUUCCUGAAUUUCCAUUUUACAAUGUCUCCAGAAGGUGGCAUUUCGGCCAUUCUCAUGGUCACUCCGACAGCCAAAGCCACGGCCACCGAGCCUCCGGCGAGGAGGGUGAGAAAAUAUUCCGUUUGGGCCUCGCCGCUGAUAUUGGCUUGGCUGCUGGAAAAGCUUUGACAGGUUAUUUAUCAGGCAGUACUGCAAUUAUCGCCGACGCCGCCCAUUCAGCCUCUGACGUGGUUCUUAGCGGGGUUGCUUUGUGGUCAUUCAAAGCUGGGAAUGCUCCUAGAGACAAAGAACAUCCAUAUGGUCAUGGAAAGUUUGAGUCUCUAGGAGCCCUUGGAAUUUCCUGCAUGCUUUUGGCAACUGCUGGUGGUAUUGCAUGGCAUGCUGUAGAUCUUCUUCUUGGAUUGUUGUUUGCAUCUCCUGAAGCAGUAAACCAUUCAUUGACUUAUGAACAUGUGCAUAGUCAUAGUCAUCGUCAUGGUGGACAUCAUCAGGGAAUUGACAUGGAUCAUCCCAUCCUUGCACUGAGCAUGACCAUUGUGUCAAUUUCUAUAAAAGAAGGGCUUUACUGGAUAACAAAACGAGCUGGGGAAAGGCAAGGGAGUGGACUUAUGAAAGCGAAUGCAUGGCAUCAUCGUGCAGAUGCCAUUUCAUCUGUUGUUGCACUUAUUGGGGUUGGGGGCUCCAUUCUUGGAGUUAAGUUUCUGGAUCCUCUUGCUGGACUUGUUGUCUCUGGCAUGAUAGUAAAAGCUGGACUGGAAACUGGGUAUCACAGUGUCUUGGAAUUGGUUGAUGCUGCAAUUCCAGCAGAACAUUUGGAUCCUAUAAAGCAAACAAUACUACAAGUUGAAGGUGUUAAGGGAUGCCAUCGCUUGAGAGGGAGGAGGGCUGGUUCAAAUUUACACCUUGAUGUACAUAUUGAGGUUGAUCCUUUUUCUAGUGUUAGUGCUGCCCAUGGAAUUGGUGAAAAGGUCCGUCAGGAAAUUCACAAGUCCUAUCCUGAGAUAGCUGAAGUUUUCAUACACAUAGAUCCUUCAUUUUUACACUUCUCUCCCAAUGUGAUGGGCUGGCAAGAUAAUGUAGAAGGUGCUACGAAUAACAGAAAUGUUUCUUUGGAAGACAGAGACAUUGGAUUGAUUGUUUCCAACUUAUCAAGGUUCCCAGAGAAAAUGGAGGUUGAGCGCAUUACACGCCACUUUUUGCAAGGCAAGAUAUUACUCGAAGUUGAGGUUUCCAUGCCCCCUGACAUAUUGAUACGGGAUGCGAUAGAAGUAGCAGAAGCAGUUAAAAAGGAAAUUUUGAGGGCAGCGUCAGAUAUCAUUCAAGUGAGGAUUCAGCUAAGAUUGGGGCAGCCAAUUUCCAAGUUUGCUGUGAAAAUGUGAAUAAUGACUAAGCAAUGUUGACGGUAGCUGCAACCCUAGUUCUAAUAUACUUGUAGCAGCCUAUUUCCAAGUUUGCUGUGAAAAUGUGAAUAAUGACUAAGCAAUGUUGACGGCAGCUGCAACACUAGUUCUAAUAUACUUGUAGCAGCCAUAUAUAUACAUAUACACAUUAUGUAUCCAUCACUCUCCAACUCUCCCAGGAAGAUGGGAUGUAGAAUAGUGGGUUAUUUGCUGUUUUUUGUUUGAAAAUUGCUACCCUUCUUGAAUGAUGCUGCCUUUCUUGUUUUCUUCAAGUUUUGGUAUCUUCAAUAUUAUAGAUAAAAUGAGUUAUUUUAUUUCAA